AUGAAUGACAAAAAACCAAUUGAGUUUUGGAUUUCGAUUUCGGAAAAAUUUGGGAUUGAUGUGGAUCGCAACCAUGCAGUUGAGCCAGCCAAAUCCACAUUUGGUGGAAAGUCUCAAUUGCGUAGAGCGAUUGAAGCAGCAGGAAUUCCGCACACAUAUCUUGUAUCCAAUGCUUUUGCAGGUUAUUUUCUCCCAACUCUGGUCCAACCAGGCGCCAGUGCUCCACCCCGCGAUAAAGUUGUGAUCUUGGGAGAUGGAAAUGCCAAAGCUGUUUUCAAUGAAGAACAUGAUAUUGGUACAUUUACCAUCAAAUCUGUGGAUGACCCGAGGACACUGAAUAAGAUUGUGUACAUCAGGCCUCCCAAAAACGCUGCGUCAUUCAAUGAGAUUGUGGCAAUCCGGGAGAAGAAGAUUGGCAAAACUCUGGAGAAAGAAUAUGUUCCUGAGGAACAACUUCUGAAACAAAUUCAAGAGUCACCAAUUCCGGUGAACGUGAUAUUAUCAAUCAACCAUGCAAUUCUGGUGAAGGGUGACACGACCAACUUUGAAAUCGAGCCAUCUUUUGGUGUGGAGGCUUCUGAGCUUUAUCCUGAGGUCAAGUACACCACCGUGCCGGAGGAAUACUCUUUAGAGGAAGAUGAUGAUUUAGAUGGUAAAGCUCUGAGGAAAGCACUUGUCUUCUUUCAUGGGGAGAAAAGGAAAGCGGAGCAAAUGUUGCAUUUGACGACUGAAAAAGUUGACGAAGAUCAUCACCUUAUAGCAGCUUCUGAUGCUAAUAAUGUCCGUAAAACAGGUCACAGCACAAGGAAGAGAUAA